UUUUCACGAAAUUUUAGACCAUUUUUCUUUUGAAAAUUGCAAAUAUCUCAUCAGGAAAUUAUCAAAUAUUAAUACUAAUGUAAAUUUUGGGUUAAAAUAAAUUGUAACAAGUUUUUUCUCUAUGUUUCGUACCAUUUUCCUGCCCAAUUACUUGGAAUUUGCAGUUUGAAUCGGCGAAAAUCUGAACACGGAAGUGAAUUUUCGUGUCAGCUAUGUGGAAUUAGUCCCAUCAUGGAGAAGGUGGAAGGAAAAGUACAUUACCGAUUUAUCUGAUAAAUGAUCGGAAUUAUUCUAAAUCUAGUUGACUACUUGACUAUUCAUUCACAUGAGUUUGUUUUAGAAGAUGUCUGCUUACGGGUACGAGAAUAUAGGCGCUGAAAAGCCCUUAUUUGGGGAGAACAAGCCUCAGGAUCGUAUCGUCAACCUCAUAGUUGGAGGAAUCACGGCAUUAUCUGUGACAGUUACCUUGGUGUGCUCUUUUGUAUUUCCGAAGUGGCCGCCGGUUGGUGUUAAUAUAUACUUUUCUGUCUGUAUAUUACUGCUCUGUGGAACAAAUUUACUUUUAAUAUACUGGUACCGCCAAGGAGAUGUCGAGCCCAAGUUUAGAACUUUGAUAUACAUGAAUGCAUUUAUUAUUAUACUUUUAUGUAUCUGUGCCAAUUUAUACAUUCAUGACAUAAAGUGAGGGAUCACAUGAAGAAUGGACUCUUGUGGAGACUUCAUGAGGAAGGUGCAUCAUGGAAUGGAUUCUGUCGUCACUUGUUGGCUAGAGACCUUGUCACGUAUGGAUAAUGAUAUCAAUCAUAUGAUGACUUUACAUCAAAUGGAGUCAUCAGUAUCAUUUGUGUGAGGCUACAGGAGUUUGCCUAUAUGACUAUCAUCACGUGAUGACCAGAAACUUCAUAUGUGCUACAUUAAAUUGACCGAUACCCAUUUCUUGUAUUUCUCAUCAUAUUUCUGCAAAAUAGCAAAUUUGGACACACCAGAACUGAUUUUCUCACGUCCAAAAAUAAAAUCACCUGUCAUCAUGUUGCAAAAACAUGUGACUUUCCCAAUGUAACCUGCUCAGUGGGAGGGUUAUAUCAGCCAGGCGCUACACAUGCUAGUUGUGAUAUCACAUGGGAAAGCACAUGCUAGCAUGGCACGUGUGAUCGAACAUGCUAUUAUUUUGGGGUCAUCUCGUGAGGAUAGGUAGGUCACAGGAAUUGCUCACGAAGUAAUCACUUUUCAAAAUGCAAAAGUGAAUUACAGAAUUUUAGUAUCUAAUAGGGCUGUGAGUUGCAAUUUUCAAACCAAACCUCUAAGUCUUUGAGCAAAAAAUGACAGUACGCCCUGGAGAAUUGGUUAAGCAACUUGCGGAGAAUCGUGUGUGUUCAGGCAGGUCACCCAAAUCACCCAGUUGGUGUGUUCUGGGAAGUGCCUGGGAGAAUGUGUGCAUUACAACCAAUCAAAAUUGGUCAAAAGGUGUGAUUUAGGUUGAUUAGACUAGAAGAAGUUGUGGAGCCUGUCUGAUUCUCAGCAAUCUGGGAAACCAACUAUAAGAGGAACCAUAGUGAUGAUGUUGUUUGGUUCAGAUUAUUUCUUUUUGAAAAGGGUUGGUGCUGAUACCAAGGGUAUAUUUUCAAUAUACAGUAGAACCUCUCUAUUAAGGACACCCUUGGGACUGACAAGUGCUGUCCUUAAAAGAGAGGUGUCCUGAUUAGAGAGGUCAAAUUGAAUGAAAACAACUAGUUUGGGUCCAAAACCGGUGUCCUUAAUAGAGAGGUUGUCCUUAAUAGAGAGGUGUCCGCUAAGAGAGGUUCUACUGCUCCUUAUGCUAUUAGACAAGCUGAUAUGAGUGCUUUAACCAUUAAGGAAUCCCACAAGUUUUGUCUUUGAGCCUUUCUAUAUUUAGGUGUGUGUAAAUGGAGGAAGGUUUUGAAUCAAAAAUUGUGCAAUUGUCAUAAAUGGCUUACAUGAAUCUUGGGGACAGUCAAAUCUGUUAUCAAAAUACUCGGGGAUGGGGGGGGGGGGGGGUUCUUCGAAGGCAAUAGGCCUUAACAUUGUAUAAAACCACAAAAAACCUUUGCUUGUAGGCCCUGAACUGACUAUUCAGAAGUUCAAAAAAUUGCUGUUUAUAAUGCUUGUUGCCAUUUACUUGGUUCUCAAAGUUAUCCCAUGCUCUAACCUGAAUCAAUGUGGCCAAAGGUACACUUGUAGUGUUACAGGAAGGAAAAGACCAUUAACUGUGUCAUUUGUUACAUAGGGGCAGCAAGUGCUCAUUCUGAUGUGGCCGAGAUAUAACCUUAUUACGGGGUGGAUUGUUUUUCAAAAUGACCAUCCCAAAGAACAAAGAUGCCAGGCAAUGGAUUCUUCUUUCCUGUGUUAUAAUGGGUGUAAGAUUGCCCACAGUGUCAGUGACAGUAUUAUCCGCUGUGUGUUUUUACGGGACACACUCUUGAUAGCUGAUUGUGUUGUUAUUUUCACAUAAGGUCACCUGAUAACGUUGCUUGAACUUGAAGUCUGACCUAGAUAAACCCAGCUUACUGGAAAAGCAAUGUGUGUCAUUUCACUACUUUCCCUUUUGCACAAUCGCCGAGUAUGGAUUGACAUCGUUUGGAAUAUUGUUUAUUUGCUCAGAAUUAUACCAAUUGAAUAUUGGGUUGGGGCCAUGAAUGUUAUCUGAAUAUUUGUGUGACCUCCGUGUAUAAUGAAGAUGAACAAAUGUGUAUUAUUCAUCACCACAUGGCCACAAAAUAUCAAUAA